AUGGUCUACGACGCUGCCUUGGGUUACGACCCAGAAGAGUGGGAGGAAUGCCCGCAUAAGGAGCAAAUUAUGGUGUUCUCUUUCUUCACACGACUUUUACUCAGCUCGUUUGCUGUUGCGUUUGUCGUUUACUUUUUUCGAUUGAUCGACGGCAAUAAACAGAAGGAUGAGAAACAGGAGCUUUCUGUUUCAAAUGAGUUCGUAUAUCUACUGAAGACAACUUUCGUAUUUCUAUUCUUUCUGAUUUUCCCACACGAGUUGGUGAAGAGCAAAAAUAAAGAGAUGUCUGCAGUACCUGGAGCUGCCGAAGAUCUGCUGAAGGAAGCGAAUGACUAUAUGAAAGGUGAAUUGAUCACGCGACAAGUGAAGGACGGUAUUAGUGGUGCAGUCAAAGCCGUGACGACGUCUCAUCUUCCAGAAACCUUUGCCCAGUUCAUCGAAGAACCGCGUCGAAGAGCCGAGGAAGCGUUGCGAACGGGCGUAAAUCACGAAGAAUCGUCGAGACCGCAACAGAUGCUCGUCGGCGCUCGCCCAGAACCGUUCGACCAGCCGGAACAACCUCAGAGGCAUCCGCUACAAGUCUCGUCAGCUACAAAGUAUAAGAUUAGUAAAGAAGAUGAACAGGCACUACGACAAUGGGAUCUUGAGCGCCAGAAGUUGGAGGCGGAGCGACUCGCAAAAUUGCAAGAUCGUGAGGUUGGCGGUGAUGAAUCGGAGCAGACGUCUGGGAUGCUGCCAGCUUCUCAAAUAUCGUUUCUCAGCCAUUCAACACAAGAAGGUGAACUUCUUGAUAGAAGAGAGGAGACCAUUCGAAAUAACGAACCCCAAAAUCGGCUUGAGAGGAAAAUCAUGACAGAAAUUGGACAUAUUGCCGAAUCGACUCCGACGGUCAGACAACAAAGGUACGAAAGUAAUGCUACAUCUGUCUUCUUCCUUAUCGAUUCAUUUUCUCCAUAUUUCUUUUUCAAUUUUACUGGUUAG